AUGGAUCAGUUCCACUUCGAGCCCAUGCUGCAGGAAAGACAAGCGGAAGAAGCGAAACGCGCCCGUCAGCGCGAACAUGUCAAGAACAGCUACUACCGACAGCAGAACGCGAUGAAGGCUUUGCGUCGCGAGGUCUGCAAGCUGGAGCAGGAAUACUCACGCACGGUCGACCGUAAGAAGCAGCAGCUGCAGUGGCGCGAAGUGGCCGAGGCGCUGGGAUGCGACGCAGCGCGGGAGACCUCGGACGACCUCGUGGAGCAGUACAUGCAGCUGUCCCUCACGAAGCAGCGACUCUGCCAAGAGAACCAGCAGCUGGCGCUCAUGGCCUCGGAGCACGUCAAGUUCCAGCUCAAGACGCAGCACAUACUGGACUCGAAGCCCGAGCCGACCGUCGGGCCGCUUUCGAUCGCGGCCAAUGCCCGUGACGGGGCGGUCAAGGAGGUCCUGGACGAGGGAGAUGGACAAAGGGACGUGCUGUGUGCAACAGGGCUUUGCCACUCACCAUCCCCGGUGAACGAGGUGGCCUUCGAGCCCCUCUCAGUUUCCGAGUGCCAUCAGAUUGCGCUACACGCGUACCGAGACGCCCGGGCUUUCUCGAACAGUAACGACUACCUGACCACUGGUCUCGAGCUCUUCGGGUGGCGCGAACAGCGGCGCGAGGCGCCCGAUCAUGUCAAGUUCACGCUCAAAAAGCGCUUUCCCGGCGUCACUCCAAUGAAAAUGUCAGCUCGUGGUUGGCGCGUGGUAUCGUCGCCGCGAGGGUUGGCAGGUCUCUACUCGUCCACGAUGCACUUGUCCAUUAAGGUGCUCCAGGUCGUGGACGAUUACAAUGUGAUCAUGUACCGUGUCAUCACAAACACGAGCACAAUGGCUACUGUCCAGUCAUUGUUCCUCGUCACACGCUUCCAAGUUGGAAACGGGUAUGUCAUCCUAUUUCGCUCCGUGGAUCGCAAUCGAUUGCGAAAGAGUCGAUCAGACGGCACCGUCGGACCUUGGGAUGCACGGGGCGGAGAAAGCGCACAAGUAAAGUGGCUCGACAUGUUCACAUGGACGUUGUUCGAUGACGAUUCAGAAGACGACAAUGCCGUGACUUUCAGUUACGGCGGGAUUGUGUACGGCACUGAGGCUGCUGGCACGCGUGUGUGGAUGCUUGAGAUCUUGUCGCUUGCCUUGCGAUGGGAAAACAAGGUCAUGGGGCCUACCUUGAUGCUGAGCGAGUGA